AGAAGCAAACGUUCCCCUUCUCAUAUUCAACAUUCUCUCUCUCUCUCUCUCUCUCUGUGUACAAAGACUUGGCCGUUGGUUUUGGCAUUCGCUUUGAUUUAUUUUUUUAUUUUUUUCUUUACAUUUAUUUUUCUCCGUCUACACCAUCAGCUCCACCACCCUCAUAAAAAUGGGCUUUCAAUCAAAACACAAAAAAUUUUAACAUAAAAGCAAACAAACAAAAGGUGGUAGAUGCAUGAGCCACCACCACAGCAACACCAACAGCAUCACCAACUUCUUAAAAACGCUCUUAUUUUCUUUUUCUUUUCACUCUUAUCUUCUUUUACCAUCUUCCUUCACACAAAAAAAUCCUUAUUUUUUUACAUUUUUUUUUUUGGUUUUUAGUUUUUACCGGAUUUUAGUUUUAACCUUAAAAAACCUGUCUUUCUCUCUGUGUUUCUCCUCGGUUUCUACGCUGUCUCAACAACUACCUUUUCUUUCUCUGUCUCAGGUACCAAAUGAUAAAAACAAUGACUUUUUUUUUUCUUUUUAUUCGUUUAUCUUCUUCUUUGUAAUGGGUGGUUUUUGCUGUUCCUGGUUAUGGAGUUAUGGCCAUUUUUUGCUUUGAUGGGCUUAAACGCUUUGGCUUUGUGGGUUUCCUUUUUCUCUUUGAUUUUUGUGUGUUUUGGGUGGUUUGGGUAUUGUGUUUUGUCUUGUUUGUUCACUGCCUCUUCUUCCAUGAAAGGUGGUAGGUUGGUGGGGUUGACUUAUUUUCCACGGAGAGAUAAUUGGGAUUUUUAUUAGGCAGACUCAUUGGACUGCUUUGUUAGUUUCACAUGAUGAAAGUUUUGGCUUUACUUUAUGCAAAAUAUAAUGAAUUUAUUUUUUCCAAAAAAAAAAAUGGCUGAGCUUUAUGUCACCUUGCCGCCUUAUCCGGAGUCUGGUUAACUUCUAUAGAAGUGAAUACCGUUUGACCUGAAUAGAGGGUGACUAAAAACGUGUCAUGUGAUUUGCAAUGGAUUGUUCAUAGCAUUCUUUAAAUUUCGUUUAUGAAUGAUUUCCGUUUUACCAGCAUCAACUCUGUUGUCUUUUUUAGAAAUCUAAUCCGUACAUGGGAUUUAGAUUUUAGCCCCCUGCUUGUCUAUGCAGCAUUAUCGAAAUCAAACAUACGUGAUGAUGAGAAAAUAGUUGGUUUUCAGCCAACCGAAUUCUGUAAGAAAGUACUUGUGGUUGACAUCAAUAUUUGAUAACAUAAAGUUGAUUAACAUCUGGGAGUUUCACCAGGCAAUUCCAUUUUCCUUGAAUUUCUUUGUCUAAAUUGCUUAGGUGCUUCAGAUUACUUGCAUUGACUUAUAGUUUUUGAUGGCUUUCCUUGUAUCAGUCCAAAGGAACCGCUUUUUCUCUGUUGACAUUUUUCUCCUUUUGCUGUAUAACUAUGAUAGCUUAGGAGAACAGAUAUCGGGACAAAUGCUAAGGGCGAUCAACUAAAAAAUUGUUCACUAAUUAAAGGAUUGCCGUCAUGGUGAGCAUACGCAGACGCAAGCUCCUGGGACUCUGCUCUGGGAAGAGUUCCUUUUUGACUCCUCUUCCAAGAUUUUUUGACAAUGGCAAUGCCCCUGAAAAUUCAAGUCAAAAUGUAAGAUCAGUUAGUGUGCAUCCUAUGCCCUCAGAAAUCAACCACCUGCAUGGGAAAAACAUUGCUAAGGUUGGCUCUGGAUCACCAAAUGUUUCUGGUUCUGGUUCAUCAAAAGAGCAGCAUAAUCAACCUUUUCCAGGGCAACCAAUCAAACGUAGGAAGCAACACAGGAGGAAGCAUGUUCAAAACCAAGAACCAUGUCUAAUGAGGGGUGUAUACUUCAAAAAUAUGAAAUGGCAGGCCGCAAUAAAAGUUGACAAGAAACAGAUUCACUUAGGGACUGUUGGUUCGCAAGAAGAAGCUGCACGUUUGUAUGACAGAGCUGCUUUCAUGUGUGGAAGGGAGCCUAAUUUUGAGCUUGCAGAGGAGGAAAAGCAAGAGCUUAGAAAAUUCAAGUGGGAUGAGUUUUUGGCAUAUACUCGCCGUUCAAUUACCAAUAAAAAAUUCAAGCGAAGGCUUGGGGUUGGACCACAGAAGAGGUCUGAACCUGCAAUAGAGAACAGUGACUUGGACAGCAAACAAGGAGUCAAUAAUUUCUCAGCUUCAGAAGAGGUGGGACCAGACUCUUCAGCCUCAUGAAAAAAUUAUGUUUCGAGAAUGAGG